AUGCUAAAGUUCAUUAAAUUAUUCUUACCGCUACUUAUAAACUCUUCAUUUACAAUCUUGUGCAUCAUAUAUUUAUAACUAAAAGGUUAAUAAUCGUACUUUUUACUAUUUGAAGUAACUUUUUUAAUCUUAGCAGUAAUAUUAAAUAUUAUAGCUCAAUUUUAAACAAAAUAACAAUUGAUAAGUAACUUUUCAUACUCAUUUUCUUAGAAACAGAUCAUUCCCCUCCACUCUUUAUUAUUUUAUUAUUGGUUUAGUUUUGUAGUUUAUUAUACUUAGAUUACUAAUGGUUAUCAGAAAAUUUAUUAAGUUUACUAAUUGGUGGGAUGCUAAAUUUAUAAAAGUUAAAACUAAACAAUUAAUAGGAUUAUAUCCAAAUUAAGAAGAUAAAAGCACUUUUGUAAUUUGCUUCCUUAUUAUUUAUAAUUGCUCUUGUUAUCAUAACAAAGUAAUAAGGAAAGUAAGAUAUUAUACUAUUAUUAUUAACAUCUAUUUGUUUUAUUAUUUUUUUAGCUGCUUAAUUAUAACCAAAAAAAGAAAAUCAUAAACAAACACAACAAAUGAUUUCUCUAACUUAAAAUUCAACUAUUUAAUAAAUAAAUUCAAAUAUCUUUUCGGAUAAAUUCUUUGAAAAGAAAAUUUUACUUUUAUCUUUAAGCAAUAAUGAAAUUAUUGUAGAAAAAAUCAGUGUGUAUUUUGAUAAAUAUUUAAAAGAAAAAAAUCUAAAAAUUGAUGAUUUCUUAAAAAAUACUUAAAUUUUUUAAAUCUCUUUUCAAAAUGAAAACAUCUUAUUCAAUUAAAUGAUUAAAAUUAAAUGUUCACUUUAUUAAUAAAUUAAAGAAAUCUUAAAUAAUGAAAAAUUAAAAACUUUAUCCAAAAAUUGGAAAUUAUAAAACUAAUUUUAAGAAGAUUAAUAAUCUAAAUUAAUAUCUCCUAAUGAAUCAAGAUCUUAAUUAUCUAUUAUAUUUUAACAAGAUUCUCACUCUUUUAAACAAUCUACUAUUGAUCUUGGCAAUAAUACAAUUGAUAAAGUAAAAUUUUAAUUAUAUUUAGACUUCCAUUUAAAAUGAAUACAUUUCUAGAUCAGUCAAAGAUUUACAUUUACAUUUUAAUGAUAAAUUUUAAUAAUCUUAAACUUCUUCAAUAACAAAAUCAUUUGGCAUAUUAAAUUCAGAUUAAUAAAAUUACAAAAAUAUUUCCUUUACACUUUAAAAUUCAUCACUAAUUUUUGAAUUUGAAGAAGAAUCUAUAGAUUAAUUAAAAUAAAAAUUAAAUGAUAUUCAAAAUUAAUAUAUGCUUGCAGUCUCAAAAAAUUUAUAUUAAAGAAUUUCAUUAAUGAUGCAAAAUUUAAAAGUUUUAAUUAAUUAAUUAAUAACUACUAAUUUAGAUUAAAAAUUAUUAUAAUAAAUCUAAUCAUAAAUAUUUGUGAUUAAUUUAAGUAAUAGUAAUUGCUUAUAUUUUUUAACUGAUGAUUUUUAAUAAAAAAAACAAUGUCAAAUAAAUUUAAAUGACUUUCUAAAUUAAAUUAAAUCUAAAUUGACCUCAGCUUUUCUUCUAAUCGACUAAAAUAUUAGUAUAAGUAUCAAUGAUGAACUUUUAAUAAAUAAAACUAUAUUUACAUAUCCAUAAUAUCUUCGAUUAAUAAUUGUAAAUCUCUUACAUAAUUCAAUUAAGAAAUGUAUUAAAACUAGUAAAUCUCAUGAAAUAAUAAUUAAUUUGAAAUAAAUAAAUAAUGAAGAAAUUUAAUUUGAAAUGAUUGAUGAUGGAGGGGGAUUUUCUGAAAAAUUAGAUUAUUCAAGUAUUUUUAAUUAUUAUUUAGAGGAGUAUUAUAAGGAAAGUUGGGAAUCUUUGUAGUUUAAAAACUAUUAGUACAAAUAUCUUAAAAUCCAAUAUUAUUCUAUAAAACAGUGGGUGAUGAAACAAAAAAAGGAAAUUCAGUAACUUUUUAAAUAUCUAGGUAAAUAAAUAAAUUUAUAAAUAAUAAAAACUAUUUCUCUUAAAAUAUCAUAGAAUAAAACAUUCAUAAUGUAGCUUAAAUAUAAUAAUUAUUAUGA